AGAAUGAAUAAAGUAAACAGAAAGCGCCGAGAUCGCUAAGCAGACGGUAGUGCGAAAGCCGUGUCGUCGUGUGUUGUCCAAGUUCCUGCAUCCGCUGCAUCGGUGAUUUUCCAAGAAUGGCGCUGCAUUGGCAGCCCCUUAUUUUGCUGCUGUUGCACCUGCACAGUGGCGUGCUCGUUAGCAGCUCACCAAUCGAAAAGAAUGCGCAAGAGGCGCAAGACCUGUAUGCCAAAUACCGCCCGCAAAUCUGGAGUGUGAUUGACGAUUUGAACGCCGACCCGGAACGCCAGUACAACUACAAUUUCAGCGACUUGCUUAAUACGCAAAAAAAGACGGAUGAUGUCACUUUCAUUGAAAUCGAGGUUGUCGCCGAAUGCUACGCGCAAAGCAAGUCUGGAUGUUCCAAUACUAUUUUCACAUGCAAGGCGUAUGUCGAGUACUUUGCAAAUACCAACAGUUUUGAAACGCUGCCAGGGCUUGAUUGUCAAGAGAAGAUUCAGGUGACAGAGGGUGAACCAGUUCUUGUUGAAACCACUACUAAAGAACAAACAAGCAGCUCUCCACCAGUUUUAAAACCAGGAUAUUGUCCAGGUUGCACCGUAGAUCUGGAUACUAACGUGCCUGGAGUGGAGAAUCUUAUCACUACUGCUUUGCAUCACUUGGAAGCUGAAAAAACGAAGAAACACGUUUCGGUUAGAGUUUUGCGAUUGCAGCGUGAAAUUGUUUCCGGUGUCAAAUUUAUUCUGCUGUUGGAAGUUGCACCAACUGUAUGUGACGCGCAUCUUAUUGAAAAUCCUCCAAUCUGUGCGAUUGAUUCGGACGCUGCUCUUGAAGUCUGCCGCAUCGAAUUUAUUCAGAAGCCCUGGAUUAGUGAUGAUAAGCAUAUCAUCGGUAAUAACUGCACAAAGUCACAGGACUUUGCGGCCGUUAGCGUUAAGAAAAAUCGUAAUGAUUUCGACAAUGAAAUUGAUGUUAAUAAUGAAUACAAGAAAUCCGCAGAGAUUCCGGAAGCAGUUCCAGAAAGUCCAAACUACGAGAAAAUGGCCGAGACCGGUAAUCUAGAGCCUGAAUUGAGUCCGGCGCGUUUAUUAGAUUUAGAUGCGCAGAUUAUACCUACAGAUCCUACAGAUGCCACCGAGCCAUUGUUAUCUGUUCGCCCGUUGGAAGUGGAGACUACCAAGUUCGGUAUGGAUAAUUCACAAUUGGCUGUUGAGGAUGUACCGUCAUUGCCAACCAGUACUGAUAGUUUUGUUGCUUCCGAGACUGUAAAACCCUUUAAGGAAUUGCCCAAGGAUGAAUCCAGUAGUGAAUCGGAAGAGAGUACAGAAUCAGUUGAAGAUCGGCACAAAAGACAGACAACCACAGAUGCUUCUUCAUCAUCUGAAGAAAGUGAUGAGAAGAAAACUGAAGCGGCAGCUGGUGCUCAGCAAACUGUAGUUGGAACAACUGAUCCUGUGCUCCAGAGACAGAAACGGUCAGACGAAAGUAGUAGCAGUAGCAGUUCGGACAGCGAUGAGAAACACAAACGUAAACGUAAGAAGUACCAACAGUCGCCAUGUGAUGCAGGCGACGAUGUUGUUGAUUGCCCUUAUAAGAAAAACAACGUUCAACCUAUAGCGUGCAAUGAUUUUGAUAAUGAUCCAACUAACGAUUGUAUUUAUCAAAGCACCAAAACUGUUCCCGUAAAGAAAACAAGUCAACCGUGUAAGUACAGCAAAAAGAAGGGUUCGUCGAGUUCAAGUUCUUCCGAUUCAACCGAAAAUGACUGCAAUAAUAGGGACAAACGUAAUGUGAAUGAGUACAACGCCGAAAAAGAAUUGGUUGACGAGUUGGCCAAGUUUGCUGGUGAAAGUCUUGAUGAUGACACUUGGAAACACGAAGUCCUCGAAGUCGUCCGCGUUAAAAAGCUGGAACUUGAAGGGGCUGUGUAUCAUAUGGUGGUAAGAUUCGCGGCAACAAAGUGUAACGAGAUCGGCGAAUGCUUCCCAUUCGAAAAUGACAAGUUGUGUAAGUUGGUAAUUCACUAUUCUAAAGAUCACGCCAAGCUGUUGAAGUCGCGCUGCCAUCAGAUUGAACGCGAUGUGGAUAAAAAUCGCACAAAACGCGCCGGUUUAGGGGCUCCUUCCGAUGCGACUAAAGACCCAGAAAUGGUAACCAUAGCUAAACAAACUUUAGUCAAAUUGGAUUCAAAGUCUUCACACGACAAUAAGUAUAAAAUAGUUAAAAUUCACAGUGCUUCCAGACAAGUUGUGUCUGGUUUCCUAUUUAAACUCAAAGUCGAUAUUAUUGAGUCAGACUGUUUGAAAAAUGACAACAAAGAUUCUUCUCUGUGCGGAGAGAAGGAAGCCGCUGUUCCAAAGACGUGCGAUAUUGUCAUUUGGGAUCAGUCUUGGUUGCCACAGGGCACAGAAACUAAUGUUACUUGUGACCAGGAACACCACACGUUUAGAUCGCGUAGGUCUAUUGAGUCUCAUCGCACGAAACGACAGGUUCCAGGAGCACCAAUUGAUUCUACGAAUGAUCCGGAUAUGUUAAAACUUGCUAAGGAAACUUUAGUUCAGCUUGAUUCAAAAUCCUCGCAAGAUAAUAAAUAUAAAAUUGUUAAGAUUCACGAAGCUUCCAAGCAAGUAGUUGCUGGUGUAUUGUAUAAGCUGAAGGUUGACAUAGUUGAAUCGAAUUGUCCGAAACAUGCGAAUAAGGAUUCGGAGCUCUGUGAAGCGAAGAAAGAGGCUACUGUUAAGACCUGUCAUAUUAAGAUUUGGGAUCAGCCUUGGUUGCCACAUGGCAAAGAAACCAAUGUGACAUGUGAUGAAGAACAUCACACUUUCAGAUCUAAAAGAUCUGCUUCCUUUGACAGUGGUUUAUCAAUACCUGAACAGUUCCUUGAUUUUCAGAAGAAAUACGACAAGAAAUACGCGACUCUUAAAGAGAUAAAUUAUAGAUUUUCUAUUUUCAUGGAGAAUAUGAAGAAAGCUGAAGAGUUGCAGAAACAUGAACAAGGCAGCGCUAUUUAUGGUGCUUCUAGAUUUGCUGAUUUACACCCAGCAGAAUUCAGACAGUAUUUAGGCUAUAGGCCAGAAUUACGCGACGAAAAUGCCAUUCCUUACGGACCGGCAAAGAUUCCAGAGAUUGACUUACCCACUGAAUUUGAUUGGAGGACGAAAGGUGCUGUAACACAUGUGAAAGAUCAAGGCCAAUGCGGCAGUUGUUGGGCUUUCAGUGUUACCGGUAAUGUUGAGGGGCAAUAUGCGAUCAAACAUGACAAAUUGUUGGAGUUUUCCGAGCAGGAACUGGUUGAUUGCGAUAAAAUGGACGAGGGAUGUAAUGGUGGUUUAAUGGAUAAUGCGUAUAGAGCUAUUGAGGAGUUGGGAGGUUUAGAAUUGGAAAGUGAUUAUCCAUACGAUGCAGAAGAUGAAAAAUGUGUUUUUAAGCCCUCAUUGACUCGCGUAAAAUUAUCUGGCGCGGUAAAUGUUAGCCAGAACGAAGAUGAUAUGGCUAAAUUUUUAGUGAAAAAUGGUCCGAUUUCGAUAGGAAUCAAUGCGAACGCUAUGCAACUGUACAUGGGUGGCGUUUCACAUCCACCUAAAUUUUUGUGUGAUCCUGACUCCAUGGAUCAUGGAGUGCUUAUUGUUGGAUACGGAGUACACAAGUACAAAUUGUUCAACAAAACGCUUCCUUAUUGGAUAGUUAAGAACUCGUGGGGACCAAGGUGGGGCGAACAAGGAUAUUACCGAGUUUACAGAGGCGAUGGCACCUGUGGCGUGAACAAAAUGGCAUCCAGUGCUAUAGUUGAAUAAUUAGCGUUUUAUAUUGCUACUACCCGCUUUAGAUCCUCAUUCAGGGACUAGUAACCAAUGAUAUCUUAACGAUUUAACAUAAUUACAUACACUUAUACCAGUAAACAACCAAAUGAAGCAGACCAGACAGUCAAUUGAAAUAGUUUUAAACUUGCUUUUUUUAUUGAACAAAUUGAAUUAUAGUGAUACACUUACUUAACUCUAGGACAAAAAGAAGAAGAGAACGGUGAUACAUUUUUUAUCAAUUUUGAACAAUGCAUGCUGAGUGCCACAGUUGAAUAUUUCAUAUUAGACACAGUGCAAUACUAUGAACGAAUACGUUUCUUCACCUACAGUCGAACAAGCCUUUUCUCUAUUUACUGAAGUAGUACAUGCAGUUUACAUCAUUACCUGUAAUAAUAAUACUCAUUUUUAUGGAAUGUUAUGUUACUAUGAAAUUGUAACAUGAGACUUGUAGUUGUUUUCGUUUGUUACAUUAAUAUAGAACUUAUAAAAAGAAA